AUGUCAUUUGUAAAUUUAUCACAACUUAUAAUAUUAUUAUUAUUAUUAUCAUUUGGUUAUUUGAUAUCGGGAAAACACGUGAUCGAAUAUGAAAAAUUAACAAAUGAAAAAAUUCAUCAACCUUUUCACGAUUUACAAACGGAAAAUUCCAAACGUUUCGUUAAUGAUAAAAAAGGAUUGAAGAAAAUUCAUUAUGAAGAUUAUGAAAAAGGUGAAAGAGGACAUUUUGUUAAAAAUCAUAAAGAAGAUGAUAGAAGACAAGAUGGUGGUAAUAAGAAAACGUAUAGCGUGAAAGAUGAACGGAGUCGUGAAGGACACCAUUCGGAAAAGGGUGAAAAAGGUUACGAAUAUGAAGAUGGUGGAGAAUUUAGAAAAGUUCAGAAAACGAAAGGAGUACAUACCGUACACAAAAUAAACGAAUAUAAAAAAAAAAUUGAUUUUUUCGAUGAGGAUUUCAUUGAAAACAAUUAUGAAAAACAUGGAGGGAGCCUUGUUAACGCGAGGAAAAACGAUGGCUCUCAAUUUUAUGAAAUUCAACGACGAUUUGAUAAACAACAAAAGGAAAUCAAUGGAAAAAAAAAUGAAAACGAUGAAAAAUUAUUACGUCAUCAAUUUAACCGCGAAAAUUAUAAAAAUAAUAAUAACGGUGGUGAAUUUUAUAAAAUUUUCCAACCCGUUUUUAGUUUUUUUAGUUCGUAA